AGCCAGAGGUGUGAAUGUACAACACAAACCAUGGCAAACUGGUUCGUGCUUAACUGGGGAGCAUGGUUUCUACUGGUUUCACUGGUCUGGGACCACUUUACAUUCGGUUAUGAUCUGAAGCCUACGAUAUGGCCUUUGUAUUCCCAGAAGCCUUUGCUUCUGGCGUGGAACGCCCCCACAGAGGACUGUGGUCCCCGGCACGGCGUCCAUUUCCAAUUGGACCAGUUCCAGAUCGUGGCUUCCCCCAACGAGGGCUUUGUGCGACAGAACCUCACGAUAUUUUACAAGGACCGCUUGGGCCUGUACCCUUACUUUGAAAGUGACGGCACUGCCGUGAACGGAGGGCUCCCUCAGAUAGCCAGCCUCACGCACCACCUGGAGAAAGUCCCGGCAGGCAUCGAGCGGUACAUCCGGAAUCCGGCCGUCCGAGGCCUGGCCGUCAUCGACUGGGAGGAGUGGCGGCCGCUGUGGAUCCGUAACUGGGACGUCAAAGACGUUUACAGGGAGCAGUCGCGCAGGCUGGUCGCUCAGAAAAACCCCAAAUGGGUUCAGACUCGGGUCGGCAAAGUGGCCCAGCAGGAGUUUGAGAUGUCUGCGCGUAAGUUCAUGCUGGAGACGUUAAAACUGGCCAAGAGCCUCCGUCCUCACCAGCUCUGGGGCUUCUACCUCUUCCCCGACUGCUACAACCACGACUACCGUAACAGCCUGGAGAGCUACACGGGCCGCUGCCCCGACGUGGAGGAGGCGCGAAACGACCAGCUCAGCUGGCUGUGGACGGAGAGCACGGCCCUCUACCCCUCCGUCUACAUGGGCUCCAUCCUUCGCUCCACGCCCUUCGCUCGGCAGUUCGUCCGUAACCGGGUGAAGGAGGGCAUGCGCCUGGCGUCCAGCGGAGACGGGUUGGCGCGGCCCGUCUUCGUCUACGCGCGGCCGACCUACGCUAACGAGCUGGGGCUCCUCACCGAGACUGACCUCGUCUCCUCCAUUGGUGAGAGUGUGGCUCUGGGAGCUGCCGGCAUCAUUCUGUGGGGAGAUGCAAGUUAUGCUGGCAGUAAUGCCAGCUGUUUCAGUCUGAACCAGUACUUACAGGGUCCUCUGGGUCACUACCUCCUCAACGUUUCCACGGCAGCGGAGCAGUGCAGUCGUACGCUGUGCCACUGGAGGGGGCGUUGUCUGCGCAGACGCCCAGACACGGACACAUACUUACACCUGAACCCCGUCACGCAGAGUAUAGUGAGGGACAGAGGGAGGCUGAGCGUGCGUGGACAGCCGGGGCCUGAGGACGAGACUCGUCUGAGAGGAGAGUUUCAGUGCCAGUGUUACAGCGGCUAUCAGGGCGAGGGCUGUGCCCAGAUAGACCCACUACAGCAACACGGAGGAGCCUCAUCCCACACCGGACUGGACUCUCUCUGUCUGCUCCUCCUGCUACUGCUCACUCUACUCAGUCAGGUUUAACGGUCGCA